AUGAUCUCCUCGUUCGUCGGCAGCGGGCUCUGGCGCACUGCGCGUGCGUAUCAGAUCUACGGCGCCAACACGAACGUGGGAAAGACAGUUGUGUCGACCAUCCUCUGCAAGGCAAUUCCGUCGCGCCAGCCAGAUGAGAAGCUUUGGUUCCUGAAGCCCGUGUCUACGGGACCUCUCGACGAUGCAGAUGAUAGGCACAUCAGCCGCUACGCAAAAGGGAUCUCGACCAGAUGUCUCUACCAGUUCGACGACCCUGUGAGCCCGCAUCUUGCUGCUCGGACGAAACUGUGCCCUCCAGAUAGCGAAAUCCUCGAGGCAAUCUCCAAGACCCUGAACAAUUGGGCCCAGCAAGGUCCCGGCAUCGCACUCGUUGAAACCGCUGGCGGAGUGCUUUCUCCGGGGCCCAACGGCAGCUUGCAAGCAGAUUUAUAUCGGCCGCUACGGUUGCCUGUUGUCUUGGUCGGCGAUUCUAGGCUGGGUGGAGUAUCAGCGUCUAUUUCCGCUUAUGAAUCUCUCUCGAUUCGUGGGUACGACGUCGAAGGGGUCAUUGUGUUUGAGGACCAGUACUACCAGAACCAUGGAUAUCUACGGGAUUUCUUUCACAAAAAGGGAGUCCAGCUGUACACACUGCCACAGCCGCCGGGCAAAGGAAGCCGACACGAUAGCAUUGCUGCGCUCCUGGAUGAACUCAAAAUAAAGCACCAGCUCCGUGUUGAGCGGUUGGAUAGCAUGACUACCAGAGCCCACGAGACGAUAUGGUACCCUUUUACUCAGCAUCAUGGAAUGACGCCAAAGAACAUCACGGUGAUCGAUUCAGCCCAUGAUGAUUGUUUCCAGACCCUGAAGUCUGACGCGAAUUCAACCAUCGACCAGACUUCCCACGCCGGCUCAGAACUAUUACAGCCCACUUUCGAUGGCUCAGCAUCCUGGUGGACCCAAGGACUAGGUCAUGGCAACCCUGAAUUGGCUCUUACAUCCGCCUAUGCUGCUGGUCGCUAUGGUCACGUCAUGUUUGCAGGAAACAUCCACGAGCCCGCACUGACACUAGCUGAACUGCUGCUCGACGCUACGCAGAAUCCCCGGUUGAAGAAGGUGUUCUAUACCGACAACGGAAGCACGGGAAUGGAAGUGGCCGUGAAAAUGGCGUUGCGGGCCGCCGCUGGUCGAUAUGGCUGGGAUGCAAGCGCGGAAACUGUGAGCAUUAUCGGCCUCAAGGGCAGCUACCACGGCGACACGAUUGGUGUGAUGGAUUGCUCUGAGCCUUCUACGUAUAAUAAGCGAGUGGAAUGGUACAGAGGACGUGGUUAUUGGUUUGAUUUCCCCAAAGUACAAAUGUCUAAGGGGAUAUGGAGCAUUACGAUUCCGGAAGAAAUGAAGGCUUCUCUAGGGAGCGAUGUUGAAUUCCCCAGCCUAUCCGCCAUCUUCAAUCUUCAAGCGCGACAGGAUUCAAAACUUGCUCAAAAGUAUAGAAGCUACAUCAAAACUACUCUCGACGAUCUGGUUGCAAAGCAAGGAAUGAAAUUCGGCGCUUUGAUAAUCGAGCCCAUCAUCCUCGGUGCUGGCGGCAUGUUAUUUUCUGAUCCCCUUUUCCAACAGUCUCUCAUUCAAGUCAUUCGCGAAAACCCUCGGAUAUUCACACAAUCCUCUAACCCGUCGCCGUCGUCUCCGUCAACCAACUGGUCCAGUCUCCCCAUCGUUUUCGACGAAGUUUUCACCGGCCUCUACCGUCUCGGUCGCCGCACCGCCGCCUCCUUCCUCCAAACCCAUCCAGACAUCGUCGUUAACGCCAAGCUCCUGACCGGCGGUCUGGUUCCUCUCUGCACCACCUUGGCGAGCAACGAGAUUUUCCAGGCCUUUGACAGCCCACACAAGCAUGACGCCCUACUUCACGGACACAGCUACACUGCGAAUGCGCUUGGCUGCAGCGUGGCAGUUAGCUCGGUGCGGACGAUGAUGGAUAUGGAGGACAGCGGCUAUUGGCGGGGAUAUUCCAGGGAUUGGGACGAGCAGGGAACCCAGCAGGGAGAAUCUCCUGUUGUCGAUGCGGGCGGCCCGGCCGUGUGGAGUACAUGGUCACAGGGCUUGGUGAGAGAUUUAUCGUUCGCGGCAGAGGUGGAGAGCAUAUUUGCGUUGGGGACUGUGUUGAGUAUCACCUUGAAGGACAGCCAGGGUGGCGGAGGCUACACGUCUACCGCUGCAAGCGGGCUACAGAAACAGUUGACCGCUGGACAGAACGGAUUUAACGUGCAUUCUAGAGUUCUGGGGAACGUGCUCUACCUCAUGGCCAGUGUAACAUCGAAAGCAGAAACGCUUUCGAGAAUUGAAGGGCUCCUUCGAAAAGCGUUGCUUUAA